GCAAGAAAAGAAAAGAACAGAGCAUUAAUUGGUGGCGGGGAGCAAUAUGUCUGAUGAUGGAAGCAUAGAAUUGGGCGGAUCCUCGAUCUUCAACGUUGCACCAGUGCAGUUUCAAACGGAAAUUAACAAUAUCAGCUCUUUACAAGUUUCUAAUGAUAUUUUGGCUAUUGGGUUUAAAUCAGGAAAGAUAUUCAGAAUUGAUUUGAACAAUCCGGCACAUAUUGAUAUAGCAGAGCUACCAUAUAGAAGGUCUAUUUCAGAACUUGGCCAAAUCGUUGAUUUAUAUCAAGACCCAACAGGUAACCAUAUCAUUGUCACAACAAGCAGGAAUGAAAGUUUCUAUAUUCACAGACAAUCAUCAACUUUCAAAUACUUGAACGAUUUGAAGAAUGUCAGAAUAACUUCAGUUGGAUGGAAUACAGAAGCUGUUACUGAAUCAAACACUGGUGCUUUUCUUAUAGGAGAUAAGACCGGUGGUGUCCAUGAAGCAUUCUUGGAGUAUAAUGAGCAUACAGAAAAAUAUACAAAAAGAAUUGACAAAAAUGUGUAUCAAACCCAAAGCUCAAUUGAUGGUAUACAAAUCAGCUAUGAUCAAGAGUCCAAUGAAAUCUUGUUACUCAUUGUUUCAGGUGAUGAUAUCUCAUAUUGGAACCAUACAAUAAGGCAAAAGUCAACUAAAUAUAAUGAUUUGUUUUUAGGUGCAUAUUUAAAGGCGAAGCCUAUUGAGUCUGAGAAAUAUCAAGACCUAGGACAAAUAAAUGGUGACAAAUUUUCAGCUAGAGGCUUAAGUUUUGGUUGGAUAACAUCAGCUGGUACUGUCUUUGGGGACAUUUCAAAGAAUAGAAUAAAGUCUAAAAAGAAUUUUGCCGAACUGAAAUUUCUUAUAAAUCUUGAGCUCCCUGAAUCCAAUCACAAAUUCAAGUCUAUUGCAUUAACAAAAUAUCAUUUAUUGUUGUUGAGAGGCCAAGAAUUAUUGGUUAUUAAUAAACUAAAUGACAAAUUGGUUUUCCAUCAAAUAUUACCAGUAUCCGAAGGGGAAAGGCUCAUUGGAAUUAGUGCUGAUCAUCUGAAAUCAACUUAUUGGAUAUACUCAAACUUGAAUAUCUAUGAAAUAACUGUCAGUGAUGAGGAAAAAGAUAUAUGGCGGGCAAUGGUUGCAAAUGGUAAUUAUGAAGAUGCUUUAGCAGUCACAAGAGAUGAGGAGGUCAAAGAUGUGAUUCACUCUAAACAGGGUGAUUAUUAUUUCCAACAAGGUGAAUAUGAAAAGUCUGCAAAAAGCUAUGCAUUAUCCAGCUUGGCGUUUGAAACUGUUGCAUUAUCCUUCUUGGAGAAGCAAGAGAGUGAUGGAUUGUUACAAUACUUUAUGAGCAAACUCUCAGUUAUUAAAUCAGAUCCAAAAUUCGACUUCAAAAUGCAAGAGGUUAUGUUAUCAUCGUGGAUAGUUGAACUAUUUAUUGAGAAAUUAAAUGAGUUAGAUGACUUACUAACAACUGAACAAGCUGAUGGAAUUGCUGCUACAACAUCGCUUAAGACUCAAACUGAAAAAGCAUUACAAGAUUUUUUACUUGAGAAUAAAGAUGUAUUGGUUAAAGCAACAAUCUAUGAGAUUAUUACAUCACACAACAGAAGAUCUGAACUGCUAUAUUAUGCUAAUCUGAUUAAUGAUUUUGACUUUGUGCUUACUUACUGGAUAAGACUUGAAAAUUGGACAGAAGCAUUAACGAUACUGGAGAAAAACAAUGAUCCAAAUGUUGUCUAUAAAUAUUCUACGGUGCUUUUGGUUAAUUCACCUGAAAAAACUGUUGAUUCAUGGUUGAGAAUUUCAAGUUUGGAUGCUUCAAAGUUACUACCAGCUAUCUUAGCGUACAACAAAAACUCAAGAAAAGUUAAGUUCUCAAAGAAUCAAGGUAUAAGGUAUUUGAAAACAUACAUCGUUGAAAAUAAAUGCAAAGAAUCAAUUGUUCAUGAUUCAUUGUUAUAUUUGCUAAUAUCAAACGAAAGUGUGGAAGGUGAAGAUAUCAUUUUACGAUAUUUGGAAGAAUAUUCGGGCCAAGUUUAUUACAACUCUGAUUUCAUAUUAAGACUAUGUCUCAAGUUCAACAAAAUAAAAUCGGCAGUUUACGUUUAUUCAUUAUUGAAUUACUAUGAGGAUGCUGUAAAUUUGGCAUUGGAUCAUGACAUGACUGAUUUGGCAAUGGUUGUUGCUGAUAAGGCAUCUGAUGACAAAACAAGAAAAUUUUUAUGGCUCAAGAUCUCAGAGAAGAAGAUAUCAAAAAUCAGACCUUCAGAAAAGGAUAGCAUCAAAAAGGAAGUUAAGUUCUUGCUAGAGAAGUGCGAGCUGCUAUCAAUAAAAGACUUACUUCCACGUAUCCCUGACUUUACAACUAUUGAUAAUUUGAAAGAUGAGAUCUGCUCUGAUUUGGAGAAAUUCGGUACAUUGAUCAAUAAACUUACCCUUGAAAUGAAUUCAUCUGUGUCCAUAAAUGAAACUAUCACAGAGGAAAUUGCAAAGUAUGGAGAAAAAUCACAAAUUAUCAAAUCGGGAGAGUCUUGCUCUAUAUGUGAAUUCCUGUUAACCUCAAGAAAGUUUUUCAUAUUCCCUUGUAAUCAUGCAUUCCAUUCUGAUUGUUUGAUUAAAGAGAUUCUCAAAUCUAAUGAUUAUGCCACUAAAAAGAGACUAGAAUUUCUUCAAAAAAAGUAUUUAUCAUCAAAACAUGAGCAAGGUGUUAAAUUUAUCAAUAGUCAAGAAGUUGAUGCUUUACUCUCCAAAAGAUGUCCAUUGUGCAGUGAUCUCAAGAUUGAAACAAUCGAUGAACCGUUUUUAGACUCUAAUAAGGCUACUAAUGAGUGGGAUAUUUGAUAUUUGAA